CAAGCCGCAUGACACACCGAAUGUCGUCUAUGCUAGAAUUGUAGUCAUAUGAUUCUCAUCUGAUAGCCUCGUUUGGGCGUCGAAGUGCUCUGAAAACACAAAAUCCAGCCAGAAAACCCCUCAAAAUGCCUGUGUGCGGACCGAAACUCUCCCUCUGCGGACUGAUCCUCAGCGUUUGGGGCAUCAUCCAACUGUCACUAAUGGGCAUCUUCUACUACAUUCACUCCGUGGCAUUGGCUGAGGAUCUGCCUGGACUGGAGGAAGGUUUUGCAACCUCUGAAGAGUUUUAUGCUCAUGUAAACAGGGGAUACAAUCAGAAUGCCUACAACUGCUGGAUUGCAGCAUGCUUGUACUUGGUGACAUUGGUGGUGUCUGGUCAUCAGUUCUGGGCCAACAGCAGGUCUUCUCUGAGUGUUUAAAGUGUCAGACUCAAUUGUACUCCAUGUCUGUAUUAAAUUGCAACAAAUUGUUCCAUUCCAUCAAUAAUCACAAACUGUUUGAGUGUAGAUAUGUUAAUUUUAGUGUUUCAAGGCAGUUCUGAGUAAUCUUGUAGAUGGAAGGUGACUUAUUGUGCAUUUUGGGAGAUUUUAUUUGCCUGUUAAGGAGUUUUAUGAAAUUUUGUUUCAAAACUAUCCUUGUGUUGUAAAUAAAUAUGUAAUAAUUGAAUAAAUUACUAGUUCAUCGUCCAGAA